UGCUACUUAUUCAUAACCACGAAAAUGAAUACAGCUUGUGUUUCUUUGUGUCCUCCUUGUUUUGUUAAAUAAUAAUACAAAUUCAAUCGCGAAAUCCGUGUAAUUGUUGAUAUUAAUGAAGUUCACGUUUCUUGGAGCAUUUGAGGUUUGAGGAGAGUAUUAAGACUGAGAUUAAGACUCGAACAAUCGAUUAAAAGUUAUAUCCGAUAGUAAUUAACAAUGUCAUUGAGAAAUACCGGCAAAUACCGUCCUGAAAAGGCGAGCAACGCAAGAGGCAAAUUCGAUCAGGAUGCCAAUGUUCCCAGGGAGAACACAGCUGAGAGGAGGCUGAUGCAGGCGAAUGAAAAUGUCCGAGUUGAUCAUUUAUAUGGAUUCGAUCGAGUAACAGACAACAAAGAGAGAGUUGGAUAUCUGAUAAACAUGCACGCGACGGAAAUAGUCGAAGAGGAUAAACGUCUGAUCAGCGGCGUGGACUAUUAUUUCCUCGAGGAAGACUGCACUCGCUUCAAGGUAUCCCUCCCUUAUCAUCCCUACUUUUACGUCAAAUGUCGAAAGAACACCGACCAGGAAGUCUCCAACUUUCUCCUAAAAAAAUAUAACGGGGUUAUCUCGAAAAUAGAAACAAUCAAGAAAGAAGAUCUGGAUUUGCCCAAUCAUCUCUCCGGUCUUCAGCAAAAGUACCUCAAACUCUUCUUCGCGAAUCUCAUCGAUAUGCAGAAGGUACGGCAGGACAUUAAACGCGCUGUGAAAAUCAAUUCAGAACGUGAUAAAGGCCACAGUGACUACCUCGACCUCUGGGCGACAUCCGAGCACUUGGAAGCUAAGACCACCACAAAAAAGAACAUAAUAGAUCACAUGGACAAUGUAAUCGAUAUCCGGGAGUUCGACGUGCCUCACCACGUCCGCGUAAGCAUAGAUCUCCAGAUAUUCGUCGGCUGCUGGUACUCAGUGAAAUCAAAAGGCACCGAUCCUCCAACAAUAACCCGGAGGCCUGACAUUCUCGAAACAAUAGACCCCAUCGUUCUCGCCUAUGACAUAGAAACGACAAAACUACCGCUAAAAUUUCCAGACGCCACUACAGAUCAGAUAAUGAUGAUCUCCUACAUGGUAGACGGUGAAGGCUAUCUCAUAAUAAACCGUGAAAUUAUUUCCGAGGAUAUCGAUGACUUCGAAUACUCCCCAAAACCCGAAUUCGAGGGUAUCUUCAAAGUGUUCAAUGAGCCCAAUGAGAAAGCAACAAUUCGAAAAUUUUUCGAUCACAUUCUGGAGCUUCGUCCUCACAUUUUUGUAUCAUACAACGGUGAUUUUUUUGAUUGGCCAUUUGUUGAAACCAGAGCAUCCUUUCACGGAAUAGAUAUGAAAGAGUCAAUCGCCUUUGCGAGAAACCGAGACGACGUCUACGCGAGUCGUCCAGCGAUUCACAUGGAUUGUCUGUCCUGGGUAAGAAGAGACUCCUACCUUCCCGUGGGUUCCCAGGGUCUCAAAGCCGUGACAAAAGCAAAAUUACGAUACGAUCCUGUCGAAAUUGAACCCGAAGACAUGUGCAGAUUAGCUGCUGAGGAGCCAAAAACUCUCGCUAAUUACUCAGUAUCAGAUGCAGUGGCAACAUACUAUCUCUAUUUGAAGUACGUUCAUCCUUUUAUAUUUGCUCUGUGCACAAUUAUUCCUAUGGAGCCCGAUGAGGUCCUUCGAAAGGGCUCCGGAACACUCUGUGAAUCUCUGCUGAUGGUUGAAGCUUACAAAGCAAACAUCAUCUUUCCGAAUAAACAGGAAACACAACUGAACAAAUUAACACCCGAUGGACAUCUGCUGGACUCUGAGACUUACGUUGGUGGUCAUGUAGAGGCUUUAGAAUCUGGUGUAUUUCGUGCAGAUAUUCCAUGUAGAUUUAAAAUUAUUCCAACAGCCGUGGAGGAGCUCAUGAAUUCUGUGGAGAAAGCUCUGAAACAUGCCAUCCAAGAGGAAGAAAAGGUUCCACUCGAUGCAGUCGUUAAUUUUGAUGCUGUGGUGGAUGAGAUAAAGCGAAAACUUCAGGCAUUGAAAGAUCAACCACUGAGACUCGAAAAGCCAGUGAUUUAUCAUUUGGAUGUGGGUGCUAUGUAUCCAAACAUCAUCCUCACCAAUCGAUUGCAGCCAUCUGCAAUGGUGAACGAGGCAACAUGUGCAGCAUGUGAUUUCAACAGACCUGGGGCCAAUUGUAAACGAAAUAUGGAAUGGAUGUGGAGGGGAGAAGUUCUCUCAGCUUCUUUGGGGGAGUACCAAAGGAUCCAACAGCAGUUGGAAACCGAGAAAUUUCCGCCAUUAUUUCCCGGAGGUCCUCGUCGAGCUUUCCAUCAAUUAUCACCAGUGGAUCAAGCAGCUUAUGAGAAAAAACGACUGACUGAAUACUCCAGAAAGGCUUACAAGAAAGCCAAAAUCACGAAAACUGAUGAGAGAACUCAGACAAUUUGUCAAAAGGAGAAUUCUUUCUAUGUUGACACUGUCAGAGCCUUCCGAGACAGGAGAUAUGAGUACAAAGGUCUCACCAAAGUUGCGAAGGCCCAAGUAGCAGAGGCAAUUGCCAAAAAUGAUGCUGGAGAAAUAAAAUCAGCGAAAAAUCGAGAGAUUCUUUACGAUUCACUGCAACUUGCCCACAAAUGUAUUCUCAAUUCUUUUUAUGGUUAUGUUAUGAGGAGGGGAUCCAGGUGGUUUAGCAUGGAAAUGGGGGGAAUUGUCUGCUAUACUGGUGCUCACAUAAUCAUGAAAGCCAGGGAAAUUAUUGAACAGGUAGGUAGACCUCUGGAGCUUGAUACCGAUGGAAUUUGGUGCAUUUUACCCGCCUCCUUUCCAGACAAUUUCAUCGUUCAUACAACUCAUCCUAAAAAGUCAAAGCUCACUAUAUCAUAUCCCAAUGCUGUAUUGAACUUCAUGGUGAAAGAUGCCUUCACUAAUGAUCAGUAUCAUGAACUGGUGGAUAAGGAGAUUGGAAUGUAUGAGAUACGACAGGAAAAUUCCAUAUUCUUUGAAGUUGAUGGGCCUUAUCUUGCUAUGGUUUUGCCGGCUGCCAAGGAGGAGGGAAAGAAGCUGAAAAAACGAUAUGCUGUCUUCAAUUUUGAUGGUUCAUUGGCUGAAUUGAAGGGAUUUGAAGUCAAGAGAAGAGGUGAAUUGCAAUUGAUUAAGAACUUUCAGUCAUCGGUGUUCGAGUGUUUUCUGAAAGGAGGCACACUGGAGGAGUGUUAUCAGGCUGUUGCUGAGGUCGCUGACUACUGGCUAGAUAUUUUGUACUCUAAAGGAGCAGAUAUACCAGAUGCUGAGCUCUUUACACUUAUUUCUGAGAAUAAAUCAAUGUCGAAGAAAUUGGAAGAUUACGGUGCCCAAAAAUCAACGUCUAUCUCCACUGCUAAACGCCUUGCCGAGUUUCUUGGUGAUCAGAUGGUGAAGGAUGCUGGAUUAGCUUGCAAGUACAUCAUCUCGAAGAAGCCUCAUGGGGCUCCAGUUACGGAACGAGCGAUUCCAUUGGCGAUAUUUCAAUCAGAGCCUAGUGUUACGAAACAUUACUUGAGGAAAUGGUUAAAAGAGCCUGGAUUGCAGGACUUGGAUAUCAGGGAAAUUCUCGAUUGGGGAUAUUAUAUUGAACGUCUAGGAAGUACGAUUCAGAAGAUUAUUACGAUUCCAGCUGCGAUGCAGGGCAUUUCAAAUCCUGUACCCAGAGUUAAGCAUCCUGAUUGGUUGCAUAAGAAGAUUUUGGAGAAAAAUGAUGUCAAGAAGCAAAGAAAAAUAACUGAUUUAUUUAAUGUGGUUCAACGACCGGCAAACAAUGAUAUUAGGGACAUUGAGGAUACAGGCAGCGAAUCGAUCCUUAAGACAACAGGUCCAGUGGCCCAUAAACGAAAACGUGGAUCAGAGACUGAUGACGAUGUCAGUAAAAGUUGGAGGGAAGUACUGGGGGCACCGCCACCAUUUGGCGACACUAAAGAAGAACGACAAGCCUGGAUGGAGUUUCAUAAAAGGAAAUGGGAGUAUCAAGCCAAGCAGAAGGGACAUCAGAAGAAAAAACGAUUACGAUCGAUGGAAGCGACAACUGAUGUACCCAGAGGAUUGAUAAGAAACAGUGAAACAACAACUCUUUCAGGAUUUUUGAGAAAAGCCCAACGAAAACUCAUAGAUACUGCCUGGCAUAUUUUACAGAUUGUUCAAACCCAAGAGCCAGGGCAUUUUCGAUUAUGGGCUCUAGUCUCUGAAGAACUUCAUCAAAUUCGUUUGAUCGUUCCCAGAAUAUUCUACGUUAAUACCAGAAAGGAGAGACCAGAACCUGGUCCCAACGAUCUGUGGAAGAAAUGCAACAAGAUCCUUCCACGAUCACGACCUGUCUACAAUCUCUAUCAGUACACUGUACCAGAGGACUUGUACCAAAAACACAGUCAAAAUCUGAUGGAGAGUGUUACCAAUCCUGAUAAUGAAGGUAUCUACGAGACACAAAUGCCUCUCAUGUUCAGAACAAUUGCUAAUUUGGGCUGCAUCUGCUCAGUGGAUCCCAGAUCAUCAAAAUCUGAAUCUGAUACUUUUCAUCUUCAUCAGCUUCAAUUGGUUGCAAAUACCGAUUCCUACCUGAGAGAUCAAAAUUUAAAACACAUAUUUCUGUAUCACCACUGGUCAACCAACCGUCAAAGAGCCAUGUGGGGUUUAUUCCUGGGCCCCAGCAAAAGAGUCCACAUUUUCGUAUUGGACAGUGUCAGAACUAAUCAGAUGCCUUUCAUGAGUUCUCUCUACACAUCCGAAAGGAACAUUGCAAUGGAGGAGUCUGAAACUAAUCAGUUUAUGUCUAACAUUCCCGAAGAAAUGCAAUUUGAUGUUAGAAUGGAGACCAGUCAAGCGGGCAUCAACAAGCACCUGCAAACAGCCUUGAAGAACUACAAGGACGAGAAGAAAGGGGCUACCAUGUUGGCUGUGCAAUCCCCCAUGGAUUUUCCUACUUUAUUAUCAGAAAUGCCAGGCAUUGGGGACUUUCCAGUUGUCAAUACUCAUGGCCAAGAUGUUGACAAUCUCUUCAGUACACUUGAGUGGCAGAAGGCAGGAGCUUUGAGCAUGGUCAGACAUUAUUUUAAAUUCGAGUAUGUUCUCAGUCUCAUGAUCGAUCAAGCCAGUUUCUUCAAAUCUCCAAUUGGCAAUAUGCCAGCUGAUGCAACAGUCUUCGCUGCUGAUCUGUUCUACGCCAGACAUCUUCAGAAACACAAUUUCGUACUGUGGUGUUCACCCACGGAAAAACCAGACCUUGGAGGCAGUGAAAAUGAUGAUAAUCGAUUGCUAACCGAUUUCGAGGAGAGCGCCACUUGUACAACUAACAAAUCCGGAACUUAUUCUAGUGUCUUAAUUGAAUUAGGAAUCGAGAGUUUGGCCAUUAAUACUCUUCUCCAGGCACCGAAGAUCAAUGAUAUUGAUGGAACCGCAUCAUUCGUAGCUUUUCAUACAGCUCCCAAGGCCAGUCUUCAAGAAAUUGCAUCUGAAGACAACACAAUGACGGCCAUUCCAAGCUAUGAUGAAGCAGUUUUAUGUUCUGCCAGUUUUAAGAUUCUCAGAAUGAUGGUGAAUGGAUGGUUGAGGGCAAUCUCCUUGCAGAAAAAUGUGUUUGCCGAUUAUCAAGUAAUUCACUUCUACAGAUGGCUGAGAACUCCAACUGCACUCAUGUACGAUCCAGCACUCAGAAGAAUCCUUCAUAAUUACAUGAAAAAAUUAUUCCUCCAGCUUAUCGCGGAGUUCAAGAGACUGGGCUCCAUUAUCGUAUUUGCAAACUUCAACAAGAUCAUUAUUUGUACUAAGAAGAGAACUGUCGAGGACGCAAUGGGAUAUGUGGAGUUUGUCGUCAAGGCUAUCAAGAAUAAAGAAUUAUUUCAUAGUAUUGAUAUUACUUAUGAGCAAUGCUGGGAGUAUUCAAUUUGGCUGGAUGCAGCCAACUUUUGCGCAAUCAAGGGAAAAUUACCUGAGGAAGUGGAGCAAGAUGUUGAAAGGGAUAUUGAUGAUGAUGAAGAUGAGGAUGAUGGACCUGAAAUAGUCAUGAAUUGGAAUUUAGCUGAAAUUCUGCCAACUGAGGGGGCCUGUGAGAGGAAUUUCAAAGCUAUUGUCGCCGGAUAUGUGACGGCCAUUUACGAAUUCAUGACUGAAAUGGAGUCCGGGGGAUCGACCCCUAGACCCAGAAAGAGGAGAAAUAAUUCAUUGAGUCAGACUAUCAGUGCUCAGUUGGGAUUGGGAUCACUGGAGAGUACAGCUGAAUUUGCUAAAAAGUUGCUGACCGGAGAGAUGAGUCAGAAGCUCUUUCAGAUAGUUCAGAAGAUGCAGAAGAAACUGCCUGAGAAGAUCAUUACAAUUGACGAAUAUCCCAAUUUGGAUCUUCAGGGCCAUGACUCCAUGAAGAUUCAACCAGCAUUAGAAUUUGUGAAGGCAAUUUGCAAGGUUUUGGCGUUAGAUGUGGAGCUUGAAGCUGAGGUUUACGAGUUGAAGAUAAAUUUGUUGAGGCUGAUUGGAGUUGGAGGAUUCAGUGAGGCUGCUGAGUGGAAGGAUCCUUGCAUAUCAUUUGUUCUUCCUGAGAUCAUUUGUAAAGCUUGCAAUCACACGAGAGAUGUCGAUCUCUGUAAAGAUUCACAUCAUCGAUUUGAUAAAGACGAGGUCUACGUCUGGUACUGCCCCAUGUGUAAGACGGAUUAUGAGAAUGAGGAGAUUGAAUUUAUGCUCGUUGAUACAUUGAAUAGAAAGGCCAUGGCGUAUGUUUUGCAGGAUCUGGCGUGCAAAAAGUGUGGGGAAAUUAAAAGGGAUAAUAUUACGAGCCAUUGCACAUGUGCUGGAGAGUACAAGACCACUGUUGGCAAAGUAGAGAUGAGUAAUUGCGUGAAGAUCAUAAGGGCUAUUGGAAAGAAGUGUAGCAUGACACUCCUGGAGGAUGCCAUUGAGAAUAUAAGAUUUUGAGGCACCGAGUUGAGGUGAAAUGGUUUUUUAAUGGAGAAAUGUCAUGAGAACAUUCAUUUCCAUUUCAUUGUUUCUUUGCUCUGAAGCUACAAGAAAAUAUCGUGAUCUGACAGUUCUCGUGGUCUGAAAAAAUCCUUGGAAGACAUUCUUACCAAGCAGGGCUUGAACAUUUUUCUGUUGAAAUUGUUUUCAACUGAAAGAUUUAAUAAUUAGUGAUGAACACUUUUAUAUUAAUGUAAAUUAUCUUGUAUUUUUAGAAAUAAAUUUAAUGGAUAUUUUUGAAAGGAAUAA